UGACGUGUCCUGAAGCUGCAGGAAAAUGGAGGAAACCAACCACAGCUCUGAAAAGGGGUUUCUUCUCCUGGGAUUUUCAGAUCAGCCUCAGCUAGAGAGGUUUCUCUUUGUCAUCAUUUUGUUCUUCUACAUCUUGAGCCUUCUGGGGAACGCUGCCAUCUUACUAGUGUCUUGUCUGGACUCCAGACUCCACACUCCGAUGUGCUUCUUCCUCAGCAACCUCUCGUGUGUGGACAUCUGCUUUACCACCAGUGUUGCCCCACAGUUGCUGGUUACCAUGAAUAAGACAGACAAAACCAUGAGCUACGGUGGCUGUGUGGCCCAGCUCUACGUGGCCAUGGGCUUGGGCUCGUCUGAGUGCAUCCUCUUGGCCGUCAUGGCUUAUGACCGCUAUGCUGCUGUCUGCCGACCACUGCACUACACAGUCAUGAUGCACCCGAGGCUCUGUGCGUCUCUGGCCAGUGUAGCGUGGCUCAGCGGCCUCAUUACCUCUCUGGUUCAGAGCUCCCUCACUGUGCAGCUGCCCCUCUGUGGUCAUCGCAAACUGGAUCAUAUUUUCUGUGAGGUGCCAGUGCUCAUCAAACUGGCCUGUGUGGAUACGACUUUCAACGAGGCAGAACUCUUUGUGGCCAGUGUAGUCUUUCUAGUAGUCCCGGUGUUACUCAUCUUAGUCUCCUAUGGCUUUAUCACCCAAGCUGUGUUAAGGAUACAAUCAGCUGCGGGGCGCCAAAAGGCCUUUGGGACCUGUUCCUCUCACCUGGUUGUGGUCGUCAUUUUCUAUGGGACCAUCAUAUUCAUGUACCUUCAACCGGCCAAUAGUAGAUCCAACAUCCAGGGAAAGUUUGUUUCUCUUUUCUAUACUAUAGUCACCCCCCUUUUAAACCCCAUUAUCUACACUCUGAGAAACAAAGAUGUGAAAGGGGCCUUGAGGACCCUGAUACUGGGAAAUGCUGUCGGGCAAACCAUGGGAACUAGAGAAACACCUGGAAUUCUAAAGAAGCGAAACACGCCAAGGCCGAAUGUGAGGGUUCAUUCUCCCCAGACAUUCCUCUUGAAGCAGGACAGCAGAGGAGAUUCCAGCUUCAGUUCCCCCCCAGAAGAACAACUGCACAAGCCAGGACUCCUUACUGCAGAGGAAACCCCCCAGAUCGCAGGUUUCCCUUGCAAGGAAAAGGAGAGUAGGAGGAACAACCAUUCCCCGGGUCUGGCCUCCUGGGCACUGCCCAAAACUUCAGUUUUACCGCCCCCCCUCCCCGCCCGCCACACAAAUUACGAAGGAGACCAGAAUAGCCGAAACAGCAGGAAACACCCGGGAAGAAAGACGAGGGAUGGGGGCUCCUCACACUGCAGGAGCCCCCUCAGUUCCCGCUGGUUUUGCUGCACAGGACGCCCACAGCCCUCUCCCCUGGGAACUUUAACAGCCUUUCCAGGCACUGCACCCCCUCAGCGUUCACGGCUGAGGAUUCCUCUGGGUUUAGCCAUUGCAGACAUGAGCUGCUUCAUCUCCAGCAGAUUUUGUCACCAAGGAAGCCAAUCGCCAGCAGAGCCCAGUGGAAUUCCUAUAAAUCUCCGCACUGAGGGCCUCGCAGGCUUUUCCUGCACAGUCUCCAGGGCCUUGAGGCAUGCCCCCCCCAAACACUCCCUCCUUAGAGCCACCUCAGCUGCAGCUGCCACCAGCACCCCAGCCCAGGGACCAGUGCUGUGA